UGUUAUUAAUACUAGGAAAUCGUACAAAAAGGACAUUUUUGAUGGUAAGAAGGAUAUCUAUCUAAGACCAACAAGGUAUCAUGACUGCAUUCCUUUUUGCUUUAAUGCGAGCGACAUGUUUAUUCGGCGCUCUGAUUGGCCUGUUCCAAUUUGUACCGUUCAUUUAGUUGUUAUUUGGAUAUUUGUAUGGUGGCGGGUAGACGGUAAUAUUUAUCGAAUAAAUCAGUUAGCUGCUAACCCUCGCCUUUCAUUGACGCUGCAUUGGCGACGAGGAUGGUUAUUACGUACCUAAUUAGUUUGGAAGUACGCGUGUGUUUUCGUUAAUUGUGAUCUCAAUAUGCCCAUCGGAAAGUUAGAACCGUUCAGUUUAGGUUCCAAACAAUGGCCUGCCUAUAUACGCCGAGUUAAUCAAUAUAUAUUGCUUAAUGACGUCAAGGACAACUUGAAGGUGCCAAUGCUCAUAACGGUCGUGGGCGAAGCUACAUAUUCACUAAUGUGCGACCUUUGUUCCCCUGACUUCCCGGAGAACAAAAACUACGAAGAGUUAGUGAAGUUAGUGGGCGAUCAUUUAGAACCGCAGCGAUCGGAGAUCGCCGAGCGCCACGUGUUCAGGCUGCGGCGGCAACGUGAUGGGGAACCUCUGACAGAAUAUCUGCAGGCAUUGAAACAUCUGGCAACAACUUGCAAUUUUGGCAAAUGUAGCAAGUGUUCUACACUAGAGGAAAACCUGAGAGACCAGUUUGUCUCGGGCCUCGCAAAUGACGCAAUGCGUUCCAGAAUUUUUGCCGAAAGGAAAAUUGAGUACAAGGAGGCGGUGGAGUUAGCACUAGCUCUGGAGGCUGCAGAGAAGCACGCGGAGGUGAGCGGCAGCACGGUGCCGACUACGACCUCAAGUGCAGGCGGCGGGGCAGGUGAAGACCUGCACUACACACGUAGCGGGCGAGGGCGCGCUCGCGGCAUACGGGGCACGGCCAGCUCGGCUGGCGCGGCGAGCGCGGCCCGUGGAGGGAGCACGGACCGCGCGGCGUGUUCGUCGAACAGCGGCUCAGCGGCGCGAGCCGGCGCAUGCUGGCGGUGCGGGAGGGCGCAUCGCGCAGACAGGUGCCGUUAUGUGAAUUAUAGUUGUGAUGAGUGUAAACAAAAAGGUCAUUUGAGAGUGAUGUGUAGGUCAGUGAAAAAUAGUGGAAAUCGGGCCGACAGUCGGCAAAACUAUCUGAGUGAGGACGAUUCGGACGAGAUAUUUAAAAUCGUGAUGAUGGGAGGUAAGGACAAUAAACCGUAUUAUAUCAAUGUAAGCAUAGAUAACUUUGAAAUCAAGUGUGAAAUCGAUACCGGUAGCCGUAUUUCGGCUAUUGACGAAGAAACAUAUACCCGCCAAUUUUCUCAUAAAAUUAUUAAACCGGAUAAUUUAAUGUUGCGCAGUUAUGCCGGUUCACGCAUCGAAUCACUCGGUUAUAUUGACGUCUCGGUUCGAUUACGGGAUGUAGAAGUUAAGUCCUUGCCUCUUUACAUUAUUAAAAAUGGAGCGUGCCCGUUACUGGGAAGAGAUUGGUUGCGUGCACUGAAUGUCUCGCAAAUUAACCUUUAUAAGAUAACCGACGAUGGAUUCGUGAACCGAUUAUGCGCGGAAUAUCCGGAAGUGUUUACCGAUAAGUUAGGAACUUGUAAGCGAGCCAUUCAGCUUCAGCUUAUCAAUGAUGAGCCUGUGUACGUUCGCGCGAGGCCCGUGCCUUUAGCGUUGCGCGCGCGCGUUGAGCGCGAGUUGGCACGGCUGGAGUCUGACGGCACGAUAUACCGCGUCGAUUAUUCCGACUAUGGUACACCCAUCGUGCCAGUUGUUAAAAAAAAUGGGGAUAUACGGAUAUGUGGGGAUUAUAAGAUUACGAUCAAUCCUAAACUCAAACGGGAUUAUUAUCCCUUGCCUCGAAUUGAUGAGCUGUUUGCUAAAUUAAGUGGCGGAGAAAAAUUCACAAAAGUCGAUCUCACUCACGCUUACGAACAGUGUAUGCUAACAAAAGAGUCCCAACCUUAUACCGCCAUAACUACUCACCUCGGAACAUAUGCCUACCGUCGGACGCCAUACGGUUUAGCUUGUAUUCCCGAAAAGUUUCAGAAACUAAUGGAAGAAACACUACGGGGCAUUCCGGGUUGUGUGGUUUUUCUUGAUGAUAUUUGUAUUACAGGUACUAAUGAUAAGGAUCACCUUAGUAAUUUACGAGCUGUACUCGAAAGGUUGCGCAAAACUGGACUAACUGUUAAAUUAAGUAAGUGUAGUUUUUUACAAGAAAGUGUUAAAUACUUAGGCUACAUCAUUGAUAAAAAGGGGUUACGACCCGACACUAACAAAUUAGAGGCUAUUUCCAACGCACCCAGACCGGAAAACAUAACCCAGCUAAAGAGUUUCUUAGGCAUGUUAAAUUAUUAUGGAAAAUUUAUAAGUAAUUUGAGCACUUUAUUAUACCCAUUACACAAUUUAUUAAAAAAGGAGGUGCGCUGGAAAUGGGAUCAUUGUUGUGAGCAGGCGUUUAUUGAAGCCAAACGAGUUCUCCUGGGCGACCGCGUAUUAGCACAUUACGAGGAGGGGCGGCCACUCGUACUAUCAGUGGACAGUAGUGCGUACGGUUUAGGCGCUGUGCUGGCACACCGCUACUCGGACGGCAGUGAGCGCCCGAUCAGCUGUGUGUCUCGCACGCUAAACGCGGCUGAGCGGAAUUAUAGCCAACUGGAUAAGGAGGCACUCGCAAUUUUGUUUGGUGUAACAAAGCACCAUCAAUACUUGUUCGGUAGAAGUUUUAUAUUACGUACAGAUCAUCAGCCGUUGACGCACAUAUUUGGUGCUAAGACUGGCAUUCCACAGACUGCGGCCAGCCGGCUACAACGUUGGGCGGCGCGCCUGGCCGCAUACGUAUAUACGAUUGAAUUCGUGCGCUCGGCUGAAAAUGGGCCGGCCGAUGCUUUAUCGAGGUUACCGUUACCCCAGGAGGCCCGAUUGGUUGAUUCAGUUAAUUAUAUCAAUUUGAUAGAGGAAUCUUUUCCUAUAAGUUUUAAAGAUAUUGCAAGGGAGACUGAAAAAGAUUCAUUGUUAUGUAAAAUAAAAGGUUAUGUUACUUUUGGUUGGCCGUUUUCAGUGACGGAUGCUGAGAAACCGUAUGUCGCAAGGAAACAGGAUUUAUCUGUAGAAUUAGGGUGUCUCAUUUAUAAAUAUAGGGUUGUUAUACCGAAAUCACUACAAAAACACGUAUUAGCGGAAAUUCAUGAGGGGCAUUUAGGAAUCAAUAAAAUGAAAAAUUUAUCGCGAAAUUAUGUGUAUUGGCCGAGUUUAGAUAAGGACAUAGAGGAGGUAUGCCGUGGGUGCACAGCGUGCUGCGCGGUACGCGACGCGCCGCCGCAUGCGCCGCUGCACCCGUGGGAAUUUCCACUACAUCCUUGGCAGCGCAUACAUGCUGACUUUGCUGAUUGCGGGGGCACGAGAUACUUAAUCAUGGUUGAUGCCUAUUCUAAAUGGAUAGAAGCUAUUGCUAUGCAAAAAACAGACGCGCAGGCGACCAUCUCAGCCAUGAGGGGUGUUUUUGCUCGUUUCGGGUUACCGUCGUUACUUGUCACUGAUAACGGACCACCAUUCUUCUCGCAGGAAUUUAAAAUGUUUUGUAAUAAAAACUGUAUGAAACAUGUGACUACGGCUCCUUAUAGACCGCAGGGAAAUGGGGCAGCAGAAAACGCAGUUAAGACAGUAAAAAAAGCGAUCAAACGUGCCUUGUACGAGGGCGAGGAUGUUACCACGGCCCUAAAUAAAUUUUUAUUUAAAUAUCGUAAUUGCCAACAUGCAACGACGGGCGUGUCACCUGCGGUGGCUUUACAAGGACGUAGGCUGCGCGGACGGCUCGACGCUUUGCGACCAGAUGUUUCGGCCGUAGUGCGCAGUGCACAAGAGCGGCAAGUGGCCGCUGCAGGCGGCAUGCCGCGUGCGCUGGCGCCUACCGACACGGUACUGGCCAGAGAUUAUAGCGCGAGGGGAGGUAAGUGGUUACCAGGCACCAUAGUCGAACAGACGGGACCGGUCUCGUACAAGGUGGACGUUGGACGCGGAGAAAGCUGGCGGAGACAUGUUGAUCAAAUUGUACCUAUACAUAAUAAGAACCGCCACUCGUUAUCUCGAACAAGCAUUGUUUCCGCGAAUAAAGAUAUGUCACCCGAGCGGGAGGUUCCUCCGGUCUGUGAGGAGUCUGAGGACACAUUUGUGGACGCGUCUGACGGCGUUGGUGAGAAGUCACAAACCACCGGUACGGAAGCGGCUUCAGGGCCGGUAACCUCACCACCACCGCCAGGAGCGUCUGCUCGUGCUAUGCGAGCUUAUAAUCGGGCUCGACUUAAUUUGUAAUAUUGUAUAUGUAUCUAUAGGUAAGGCUUAGCUUAAGGGGGAGAGAUGUACCGUUCAUUUAGUUGUUAUUUGGAUAUUUGUAUGGUGGCGGGUAGACGGUAAUAUUUAUCGAAUAAAUCAGUUAGCUGCUAACCCUCGCCUUUCAUUGACGCUGCACAAUUAAUCUACCAAUCAGGUCUAAAUGCAGUAACAUUUCGAUUACGGAAACGUAAAACAAACUCAAACUAGGCCCUCAGAAUAUUUUAGUUUACUAUUAGUAUAGUUGGUCUUAAGCUGGAAUCGAUCUUAUAGCUUUAAAACGUGUCAUUACAUAAUCAAAGUAGACCCUAAUCUUUUAUUUAAAAAGGUAA